CACUGGUCUGUAGUAACUUAUGAUGUGAUUAAUUUUUGGAUAUUUUUGUGCGGAGGAAAGAAUUGUUAUCUGUUCUUUGGAAAUUCGACGUUGGAUUUUAGAUGAAAACUAUCGGACAAUACAGCCCAAGUAGCGGUGCCAUCAAUCUGCAACAUCUCAAGUGAGGAAGAAUAAUAGAAGGAAGGAGAAAACAUCACACGGUUUCGUACCUGGAAUAACAUUACGGCAAGAUAAAUGAGUCCCAACCAGGUACGGGAUGUCAUCAAAGAACUAUAGAAGAAAAACAGCGAAGUAGCUCAGUAGCAUCUUCCAUCACAACAAACGAUAUUCCAGAUCAAAAUAAACACCUGAUUUGUACAGAACAAAAGUUAGUAAUAGUUGCAGGAUAAAUUAUAAUUUGAAGGGGAGCUUAACCAAAUAUGUCCGUCGAUACCGGAGGAAAGCCGUUCGAAAGUGAUGUACGUGACAAUGGAAUUCGAAAUACUGAAAAGGAUUGCCAGCUCAAUGUUCAUACCGUCAAACGAUUGUACAAAUGCACUGAAUGCGGAAAAGAUUUCAACUUUCAAAUAAAUCUUGAUCGGCAUAUGUACGUUCACACUGGUAAGAGUCCGUUCAAAUGCACUGUAUGCGGAAAAUGCGUUGUUACCAGCAGUACUCUAAGCGCACACAUGUCUACACAUACAGGCGAUUAUGAACAUGUGUGUGAUGUAUGUGGCAAAGGAUUUGUGCACAGAUCGCGUUUGGAUUACCACAAAAACAGUCAUAACGUCAAACGAUUGUACAAAUGCACUGAAUGCGGAAAAGAUUUCAAGUCUCAAAUAAAUCUUAAUCAGCAUAUGUAUCUUCACACUGGCAAGAGUCCGUUCAAAUGCAGUGUAUGCGGAAAAUGCUUUGUUUCCAAAUAUAUCCUAAGCACACACAUGACUACACAUACGGGUAAUUAUAAGUACACGUGUGACGUGUGCGGUAAAGGAUUCGGGAGAAGUUCAAGCUUGAUAGACCACAAAAACAGUCAUACCGGAGAGCGGCCAUACAAAUGCACGGUAUGCAAAAAAGAUUUUAAAACCAAACCGACUUUGGACAUACACAUGCUGAAUCACACAGGAGAUCGUCCACACAAAUGCACUGUAUGUGGUAAAAGUUUUGCCAAUAAACAUAGCCUGACUGCACACAAAUCCACACACACGGGUGAUUAUAAGUAUACGUGUGACGUGUGCGGCAAAGGAUUCGCGAACAGUUCACGCUUGCUAUACCACAAUUACAGCCAUACGGAAAACACGGGUGGUCGACAUACGGGUGGUCGACAUCAAUGUGAAGUGUGCGGCAAAGAAUACUCCAGGGAAUAUAACUUGAAAUUACAUAAACGCAUUCAUUCAUCUGAUCAGUCGAUUGAUCCGUUACCAAUCGAACCAACAGAUCACGAUAGCGACAUUCUAGUAAAACAGGAGAAUAUAACAAUUGAACCAACGAAACUCGAUGACAAUGGCAAUGACAACGUAAAUGAACAAGCUUGUACCAAUGGCUACUGCGACGCAAUUGAUUCACUACAAAACCCACACGAUCCUGUUAGCAGCACUGAAACUGAUCGAGAUGAAAAGGUAUCCAGCCAGCCACAGGAUGUCAUGUCAAAGAAGGAACAUAAGUGUCAGAUUUGUGGUGAAUACUUUACCGAGAAGAACGACCUCCGUGAGCAUGCCUCAGUUCAUGAAAGCGAGCGACCAUUUAGUUGUGAUAUUUGCGGGCAAAGUUAUCAGUUGAAGGAUCACCUAACCAAGCAUAUGACCGAGCAUAUUGAGUGCCCUAGGGAUUAUAAGCAUAAGCACAAAUGCACUGUAUGCGGAAAAUGCUUUGUUUACAACAGUAUCUUAAUCACACACAUGACUACACACACGGGCGAUUAUGAACAUGUGUGUGAUGUAUGUGGCAAAGGAUUUGUGCACAGAUCGCGUCUGGAUGACCACAAAUACAGUCAUACCGGAGAGCGGCCUUACAAGUGCACGGUAUGCAAAAAAGAUUUUAAAUCCAAACCGAAUUUCGACGUACAUAUGCUGAUUCACACAGGAGAUCGUCCGCACAAAUGCACUGUAUGUGGUAAAAGUUUUGCACUUAAAUAUCGUUUGACUGUACACAAAUCCACACAUACGGGUAACUAUAAGUAUACGUGUGACGUGUGCGGCAAAGGAUUCGUGAACAGUUCACGCUUGACAGAUCACAAGUUCAACCAUACGAAAGAGUGGCCAUAUCAAUGCACUAUAUGCGGGAAAGGUUUUAUCACUAGAAGUAACCUAACCGUACACAGGUCAUCUAUUCAUACGAGUAGUCGACAUAAAUGUGAAGUAUGUGGCAAAGAAUACUCUAGAAAAAAUUAUUUGAGAUUGCACAAACGCAUUCAUACAUCUGAUCAGUCAAUUGAUCCGUUACUAAUCAAACCAUUAGAUCACAAUCGCGUCAUACUAGCCAAACAGGUGAAUACAAAAAACGAAUCUACAAAACUCGAUGACAGUGACAAGAUCAACGAACAAAUAAGUACUAAUAGUAACAGCGACGUAUUUGAUUCACUACAAAACCCACACGAUCCUGUUAGCAGCACUGAAACUGAUCGAGAUGAAAAGGUAUCCAGCCAGCUACAGGAUGUUAUGUCAAAGAAGGAACACAAGUGUCAGAUUUGUGGUGAAUACUUUACCGAGAAGAACGACCUCCGUGAGCAUGCCUCAGUUCAUGAAAGCGAGCGACCAUUUAGUUGUGAUAUUUUCGGGCAAAGUUAUGAAUUGAAGGAUCACCUAACCAAGCAUAUGACCGAGCAUAUUGAGUGCCCUAGUGAUUAUAAGCAUAAGCACAAAUGCACUGUAUGCGAAAAAAUCUUUGUUACCAGCAGUACUCUAAGCGCACACAUGUCUACACAUACGGGUGAUUAUAAACAUGUGUGUGAUGUAUGUGGCAAAGGUUUUGCGCAGAGAACGCGUUUGGAUGAUCACAAAUACAGUCAUACCGGAGAGCGGCCUUACAAAUGCACGGUAUGCGAAAAAGGUUUUAAAACCAAACCGACUUUGGACAUACACAUGCUGAUUCACACAGGAGAUCGUCCGCACAAAUGCACUGUAUGUGGUAAAAGUUUUGCACUCAAACCUCGCCUGACUGCACACAAAUCCACACAUACGGGCGAUUAUAAGUAUACGUGUGACGUGUGCGGCAAAGGAUUCGUGAACAGUUCACGCUUGACAGAUCACAAGUUCAACCAUACGAAAGAGCGGCCAUAUCAAUGCACUAUAUGCGGGAAAGGUUUUAUCACUAGAACUAACCUAAUCGUACACACGGCAUCUAUUCAUACGAGUAGUCGACAUAAAUGUGAAGUAUGUGGCAAAGAAUAUGUUAGGAAACAUAACUUGAAAUUACAUAAACGCAUUCAUUCAUCUGAUCAGUCGAUUGAUCCGUUGCCAAUCGAACCAACAGAUCACGAUAGCGACAUUCUAUCCAACCAGAAGAAUAUCAAAACCGAAUCUACAAAAUUCGAUAACAUUGACAAAAUCGAUGAACAAACAAACACCAAUAGCAACAGCGACACAUUCGAUUUACAACCAAACCCACAGGAUCCUGUUAGCAGCAAUGAAAUUGAUCUAGAUGAAAAAGUAUCCUGCCAUCUUCAGGAUGUUAUGUCAGAUUUGUAAUACAUACUUUGCUAGCAAAGAUGAUCUCCAUGAGCAUGCCUCAGUUCAUGACAGCGUGGUAUUUGCGAGGAAAGUUAUGCAUUGAAGGAUCACCAAAUGAAUGGUUCACUGACAGUAUUGACAUGUGGUCUGCUGGCUUCCAUACGUGUCCAAUGAUCUACCAAAGAUGGAAUUUUUUUUCUGGAGUGAAAAUUUUGUCUUCCAGCUUGAAAGUUGUAGGUAAACGUAAGGGUUCUAGUCGUUUCAAAUCCUGUCAUUUUAAUAUGGUUGGCAUAUUUUCCAGUAUUUUUUAUGAGACAGUGUGUCUACUUCAGCUCGCAAACAAAAUGGCUGGAGAUAACUAAAUUAACUGUAUCCGGACCACCGAAUUGGAUAAAUUAUAUGAAUUGUAUAUGCUAUUCUAGUUUUAUUAAUUACUGAGCAGUAAGUAACUAAUCGUAAAUAAAUGAAUUUAUUAGA